AAAACAUCAAAGACUUGUGUUAACAGUAGAGUUAAGAGUUUAGAUAGUAUAGAUACAUCAAAAUGAAAGGCUUUUUAUUUGCCUUGGUAGCGAGUGUUUGCCUGAGAUGGGUGGUUUGUAUUCCCUUUGUAAUUGUAAAUAGUGGUACUAGUGCAAAGUUGACGAGUCCAAAUGGUCCGAAAACUUUAAGUGUAUAUCCAAUUACAUACGAAUUCAACAUCCGUUCCGAUGUCUCGAACAGAUAUGCAAAAACUGUCGUAACUAGUAAAGUUCGAAAUGCCGCAAAUAUUCCAAAUGAAGCAACAUUUACAGUGGUUCUACCAGAAAAAGCAUUCAUUUCCAAAUUUGUAAUGGAAAUAGACGGUAAAACCUACGAAGCUUAUGUUAAAGAAAAAGAAGAAGCUAAAAGUAUUUAUGAUUCGGCUGUUCGACAAGGCCUAAGUGCUGGUCAUGUCUCAGCUAAUGCUAGAGACUCCAACAAAUUCACGGUGUCUAUCAACGUUGAGCCAGAAAGUAAGGCAAGUUUCCAACUUACCUAUGAAGAACUUUUAGAGAGAAAAAGCAACCAGUAUGAACUCGUACUAAACAUACACCCUGGUCAGGUGGUUAGCGAUAUGAACAUUGAGGUCGUUUUGAAUGAAAGCCGUCCUUUAAAAUUUGUAAAAAUUCCUUCGCUGAGGUCGGGAAACGAAAUUAGCAAAAACGACCCAAAGCUUGACCCCUCAGCAGAUAUCCAUAUAGUCAACAAUAGCGCUGUUGUUAAAUUCAAUCCCAACGUCAACAAACAGAGAGAUUUUGCAAAAGAACUGGGACAGAUAGAAAAUAAAGGUAUAGCUGGACAAUUUGUUGUACAGUACGAUGUGGAGAGAGAUCCCUAUAAAGGAGAGAUCCUUCUCAAGGAUGGAUACUUUGUACAUUUCUUUGCUCCAGAAGACGUUGAGCCUCUAUCGAAACACGUCGUGUUUAUCUUGGAUACCAGUAGUAGUAUGUCCGGAAGAAAGAUCAAACAACUAAAGGAAGCUAUGGGCAACAUUCUGGAUCAACUCAAAAAGACCGAUGCUUUUCAUAUAGUAGAGUUUAAUAGCGAAGUUUUUGUGUGGAACAUGAACACAGAAUCAAGACUAGUUGUAGAUAUUACUGACGAAAGAGAUCCUUUUGGAGAACUUGCUAUCCUAAAUUUGCCAUACGCAGUGUCUGCUACCAGAGCAGCAAUUGCCAAAGGAAAAGCAGUAAUAGAAAAGCUUCAAGACACUGGAUUAACUAAAAUGUUAGCCAGUAUUGAAACCGGUUUAUAUUUAGUAAACCAAGAACUAAAGAAGGCAUCAAGGCGACAGCCACUAAUUAUCUUUUUGACAGACGGGGAGCCGAACAUGGGUAUUUCCAACAGGGAAGAAAUUAUAAAUAUUGUAACAAACAUUAACGAGGAUAAGGAUUAUAUACCUAUUUUCUCUUUGUCUUUUGGAGACGGGGCAGAUAAAAAAUUCUUAAGAAAAUUAUCUCUGAAAAACCUAGGAUUUUCCAGGCACAUUUACGAAGGAUCUGAUGCUACUAUUCAACUGCAAAAUUUCUACAAGGAUAUCUCAUCACCACUUUUAUCAGACAUCGAAUUUGAAUAUACUGAUGAUGUUACGGAAGUAUCCAAAAAGAAGUUCCCUGUUUAUUUUAAAGGAUCAGAACUCGUAGUUGCUGGGAAAUAUCCAAUUGAUGAAGCUUUUGAUACCUCUAAGUGGAAAGUUAAGAGUAAGAGCAAGCGCGGUGAAAUCUCAUUACCACCAGUAAGGGAAGCUGCAGUCGGAGAAUUGGAGCGUCUGUGGGCCUACUUAACUAUAAAACACAAACUGGAACAACGAGAAUUAGUGCAAAAUAAAAAACAGCUAACCAAAGAAGCUCUGGAUCUGGCGUUAAAAUAUUCUUUUGUUACUGAUGUAAGUUCCUUGGUAGUUGUCAAGCCUAAUGAAACCUGCGCUAUUAACGUCGAGGAUUCUUCAGAACCAAAUUUUAAAGUUUCCCCUGGACCAAGUAUGACGUUGUUAACAGCUCAUGGGAGUCCGAAUGUAAGACCAGUGUAUUACAGUCAGCAAUUUGAUCCUCUUCCACCAAGGAGUCUUCCACCCACAAAAGUAGAUGAAGAUAGAUCAUAUGUGGUAUCCUUGUAUAGUAUAAGUGCUAUUCAAACAAGUAAUAAUUCACCUGUGGAUUUAAUGUAUAGGGAUCUAGGCUGGUUGGGAAGUGCCCAAAACCGAAAUGGAACUAUAAACAUUUUAGGAGGUGCAUACGAUUUGGACGCGUUUGACACUGUUGCCGCUAAUGGAAAAUGUAGUCCUACACCUGUCAGGAAUACUCGCGAAGGAACUUGCAGUUUGCUGGUGAAUUGUCCAAAAGUCUAUUCAUAUCUGACAGACUUCGCGGCUUACGAGCAAUAUGCUUGCAUCCUUAAUAACAAAUAUGCUGGAGUUUGCUGUCCAUGACUACUUUUCAUACUAUAAAAAAAUAAUAGUUACAUUGUUUAGAAAAGAUUUGAAUAAAGCAUUUUUAGUGUAA